AUGAGAGUUGGCGAGAAGAUGGAGGAAGAGUGGACUUGGGAUACGUUUGAGAGGCGUGUGGCUGAGAUUCGAGGGAGGGUGGAUGACUACAAUUUGACUGUUGGGGUUGGGCGAUGGUGGGGUGGUUUUUUCCGCCAAUAUGGCCGAGUUCAAAGUGUCAAAAUUCUCACACCUUCAGCGUCAUCAGUGGCCGGAAGUUCGUCGUCCUCCGCCACCGCCUCAGCCGCCGCCUCGUCGUCAUUGUCAGGUGUGCCAAGUGCGUCGAGUGGCAAAGAAAGUGGUGACACAAAUGUUGAUGAGCAGAGUGGCGGAUCCCCACAAUGUGGAGUCGCAUCAGCGGCUGGUGGAUCAACAAAUAGUGGUAGUAAUAGUAGUAGUAACUGUAACACUGGUGAUAGUUGUCAAACAACAACCGGAGGAGUGUCGGGCAGUGGAGCAUCGUCCGGAAGUGGUGGACUGUCGGCGGCGCAGCAGCAACAUGGUGGAGGUUGCCAAGCGUCUGGUGGCAGUGGAAAGCAGUCGGAAUUGUCUCAAAUUCCCACGAACAGUUGUAGUAAUUCAUCAAGUAAUAGCAAAAGUAGUGUUAAUAGUGCUAAUAGUGGUAGUGUGUGUGCGACUGUUGCCUUCAUGGACAUCAAGAGCGCCUCGAAGGCCCACACGGCCGAGCAUAAGUUUGACGAUCGUAUAUUAACCACCGAGUACUAUGAGCCAUCGUCGAUACCGUCAGCGGCGGUGUUGAGCAGUGGCGGUAGUUCACCCCUUUCAUGUUCAUCAUCUAGUUCAAUAUGUGGUAGUAGUGUAGCAUCAAAUUGUGGCGCAACAGUAUUCCACCGGAUCCACUUCGGUGGCAUCACGAUUUCCCUCCAGUAA